AUGAAGACAUUAAGCUGCAGGCUCUCAAAACCUGCCAGGCGUCUAUACUCAACGUCAAAACCGACCCCCAAUGCAGGCCCUCCUCCCCCAAACCCCAACAAGCGCGACUUGAAAGACCUCGCGACCUCCGAUCUCUGCUAUUACUGGGAUACGAAAUCGCCCACCGCCGAACAAUUAGCCUUCGCCAACAAGCUAUUCACACCCUCGCGUCACUCUCCACUGAAGCUAUGGUCCGCAUCCAAGUUUCGCACGACGCCAAUGUCAUCUCUUGAGCCCGAAGUCGCAUUCUUGGGGCGUUCGAACGUCGGCAAGAGCUCUUUAUUGAAUGCGAUUAUGGGACAGGAGAUAUGCUGGACCUCGUCGAAACCAGGUCGCACAAGGGAAAUGAAUGCGUUUGGAAUCGGGGGGACAAAGGGUGGCGAGCAUAAAGUUGUGCUUUUGGAUAUGCCAGGUUAUGGAAAGGCUAGUCGGUCAGAAUGGGGGUCGGAGAUUAUGAAGUAUCUCAAAGGUCGCAAGCAACUCCGUCGAGCUUUCAUCCUCGUCGACAGUGAACAUGGCAUCAAGCCAAACGACGCCUAUAUUCUCGGUCUCUUCCGGCGCUACGCAAUUCCUCACCAGAUUGUUAUUUCUAAAGUGGAUAAGGUCCUCGGCAAGAAGCAAAAGCAAGUCAAAACUGGCGUGUCGACUAUCGGACUCCAGCGUCUUCAAGAAAUGCUUCAAGGUUUGCGCGAGGCUGUCCAACCGGAUAUCCGUGUUUCCGAAGGACCUGGUGCCCUGGGAGAACUUAUUACAUGCAGCGCAGAUAUAAAAGUUGGACCCGGUCGUGCGCUGGGCGUUGAUGCUGUGCGCUGGGCGAUUUUAUCAGCGGCUGGCAUUGAUGGAAGCUUAGAGGGCGGGACCCUCGCUUCUGAAAAAAUGUCGGCUGCUUCGAGUGCCUUGCCCUAA